ACUCAUGCUUUGGAUUUUUACAGAAUCAAAACAAGACAGUGGGAAUAAUUUCGCUUUCAGCCUAACAGCAGAGCAUUAGUUCGAGUGUCCGUACAAAACGAAAAUAACAGAAUAUGCAGACUUCAAUCAUGUAUCUCUGGGCUGCCCUUUUUUGCUUGGUGAUGUCACUGGAAGGAACCUUUGCCUUAAACACUGGAAUAACUCUGGGAAAUGAAGAAGAGAGUGUGCAACAGCACCAGGAACCGCCCCCGAAAAUUAAAGGUGGCCUCAGGGUACAAAACAGGACUCUUGCGCCCUGGAUGGCCCACAUCUCGAGUGACAAUGCUGUUUGUGGAGGGUCGCUCAUUUCGAACCAGGUCAUACUAACGACUGCUUCCUGCGUCGCCGCCUCUCGUUCGGUCUCCGCCCAGGACCCCAUUUUUAAGAUCAGCAAAACAAUCACAUACUCCCUGGGUGGCCUGACGACAAUCCAAGGUGAUGAAAGUUCCACAGGAGAAAUACAGGGCACUCUGAAGGACACCAAAAACGGCGUCAAAGUUCAUCCUGGUUACUCGUAUCCCAUCAACAAUUUGGCCCUCGUGAGAAUGCUCACCGAAGUCUCAUUCACUGAAUAUAUUUCACCCAUCACUCUCGCAGCUCCACUGGGUCCAUCACCAUGGGAAGUAUUCUCUGAGGGAUACCCUGUUACCAUUCUUGGCUGGGGGGUAACGGAAGACGCUGACAAAAGUGAAGAUCUUUUGUUCGUGGAGACCACAAUGAGAUCAACGGAUAUCUGCGAAUACUUUUGGGACUGUCCGAACUCUCCCACUUACUUUGAUCACGGAUUCCACGUAUGUUAUGCUGGACAAGCGGCCCAUGGAAGGUGCUAUUUCGACGCAUAA